AUGGACGGACGACAGUCCGUGGCCGAAGCGGUCGUGUCGACCUAUCGCAAAGCGCCGGUGACGCUCUCCAUCUUUGCGUCGUACUUCAUCUCGAGGAUCUGCUCGAGUCUGUGGUUAAACUAUCGCCUCUUCGUCUCGCUUCCAGGGGGCCCGCUGCCAAAGAACAUCGUCGGAUGGUCCAUCCACUACUUUUUGCUUUCGCCUCUCUCGCUGCAUAGCGCCUGGACAAGCACCAGGCUGGUGCGGUCCUUCUUACCCACGACUCCGCAGUCCAACAGCCAGCACUUGACAACAGGCGUUUACCUUCCUCGACGCAAGGGUCCAGGUCCUCUCGCCGCCGGCACUGUCCCGCACAGGCAGCUCGAUCAGUUCACAAGCGAAUCGGACAACACGGCGACAUCUGGUCAGGAAGCCUCAACCGAUGCAGGAGAUCCUUCAGCCUCGAAGCAGCAGGCGCAAGAAGCGAUACAACAUAUCCACUCAACCUUGAGAACCGACGCAAACUCUCAUCCGGCUCAUUUGCGCCUUGGUCCUUCCAUGAUCGAGACCCACUCGACAGCGCUAUUUGCCGUCUCACAUACGCUCGUCACUGGCAGCGAGAAUGUCUCUCGAUCCACUCGAUCCGCUCGCUUCCCUUCCGCUCUUUCACGCCGCUUCCUGUCCUCGAUCAAGGGCGAGUAUGUGCACAUGCACUGCCAGUCCUCGGCUGAAACCCAAGACGAACACGCAGCAUGGUCAGAAGACGGUAGUUUGCAUAUGACGCUGCACCCUGAUGACGCUGCACUCGUGGUAGAGAGAGGCUGGGGUCAGCUGCAUCCCCUUGCCGGCUUUCCAUCGUAUUCAGGAUUUUGGUUCGGUUGGCCAGCGUGGCUCACUCGACUGCGUUCUUCGGCCGCCAGAUCGGCGAGGUGGUGGACAUCGAGCUCCGUUCCCACAGAAUCCAACGCAAAGGUAGCCAAGGCGAUAGGUCUACCUCCCACCUACUGCCUUGUGUACAGCCCAAGGGAUAUGGAGGAAGCCAAAGUGUUGCUCGACAUCAUACAUGCGGCGACGGCGUUUGCCAUUGGCUCUCGUCCGACCUCCCAUUGA